AUGUCAUCAUGGACAACGUGGUUGGCAGAACGAACUAAUGACAUCGCUUCUUCACAUAGGGCCCAGCUAGGUCUGACGGCAGCGGUAGCAUUGGGUAUUGGUGUCAGCGCAACGAUUGGGCUGCAAGGUGCCAGACGGUGGUAUAACAUACAUGAUCUGAAGGACUCGAUCCCUGAUCUAGAGUCUCCGCAUGAUGUCGAGAAGAUCAACAACUUCGGUGGCGCCGAGCCAGUAGAACACACAGACCAGCGAGACGAUGGAAGAAGCGCUGCCCUAGCCAGAAGAGCACGACUCGGCGACUACGACGAGGAUUUGAUUCUGGAACAGCUCGCCCGCAAUCGUGUCUUCCUCACAGAUGAUGGACUCGGCAAACUUCGCAACGCCUUCGUAAUCGUGGUGGGCUGCGGUGGCGUUGGCUCGCAUGCAGCAGCAGCAUUAGCACGCUCAGGAUGCGGCAAGCUGCGUCUCAUAGAUUUCGAUCAAGUGACUCUGAGCUCGCUGAACCGGCAUGCCGUCGCCACACUUGCGGACGUUGGUACGCCGAAGGUAGUGUGCUUGCAAAGACGUCUUGAGCAGAUAGUACCGUGGACGCACUUCGACAGCCGCAACCAGCUUUUCGACGCCAAGUCAGCCGAGAAGCAACUCGAACCAUGGAGCGACGGACAAGGACCUGACUUUGUCAUCGAUGCGAUCGACAAUAUCGACUCGAAAGUCGCGCUACUACACUACUGCCACAAGAACAGCAUCAAAGUCGUCUCUUCCAUGGGUGCUGGCUGCAAGUCCGACCCAACCCGGGUUUUCAUAGGCGAUAUUUCUGCUUCUACAGAAGAUCCACUAUCGCGUAGCACAAGGAGAAAACUGCGUCUGCUUGGAGUCAAGGACGGUAUACCCGUGGUCUUCUCAUCUGAAAAGACAGGACCAGGCAAAGCGCAGCUCUUACCCCUACCAGAAGAAGAAUUCGCGAAAGGUUCAGUCGGGGAGCUAGGCGUGCUGCCAGACUUUCGUGUUCGGAUUCUGCCGGUGCUGGGUACGAUGCCAGCAGUAUUCGGGCUGUGCGUGGCGAAUCAUGUCAUGCUCGACAUUACCGGCUACCCUCACGACUAUCUACCCAGUAAAGCACGGGACAAGAUGUAUGAUGGCAUUCUAGCACAAGUGCAAGGUUUGGAGGAGCGAGUGGCCAGGCACCUCGGUGAUGAUCCUGUAGGCCUACGUAUCCCGGUCACGGCUGAUGAUGUAGGCUAUCUGAUCGAAGAGGUCUGGAAGGGCCGAAGUGUGAUCUCUGGUCUGGCUAGCAGGCUUGCGUUGACGAGAUGGCGACAGCCUGCCGGUGAAUGGAUAGACCAUUAUUCGCCUGGUCAGAAAGCGGAUAGAUUGCAAUUGGACGACCUCGUCUGCAUGACCAAAGAUGAGAUGCUGAGACAUGAGAAGGAAGUGCUACGUGAGGGCAGGAAGCCCGAGGAUCUGUACGAGAAGAGUGUCUGUGAUGCGGUAGAGCGGCGACGGGCAGAAGAGCGUGCGUUCAGAGCACAGCGGUGA